AUGGCUUCUGAAUCUGAAACGCUGAAUCCCAGCGCUCGGAUAAUGACCUUUUACCCGACUAUGGAGGAGUUCCGGAACUUCAGUCGAUACGUUGCCUACAUUGAAUCCCAAGGAGCCCAUCGGGCCGGGCUGGCCAAGGUGGUUCCUCCUAAGGAGUGGAAGCCUCGAGCGUCCUACGAUGACAUUGACGAUCUGGUCAUUCCUGCUCCCAUCCAGCAGCUGGUGACCGGGCAGUCUGGGCUCUUCACUCAGUACAACAUACAGAAGAAGGCCAUGACUGUUCGAGAGUUCCGCAAGAUCGCCAACAGUGAUAAGUACUGUACCCCACGCUAUAGUGAGUUUGAAGAGCUUGAACGGAAAUACUGGAAAAAUCUUACUUUCAACCCCCCGAUCUAUGGUGCAGACGUGAAUGGCACUCUCUAUGAAAAGCAUGUGGACGAGUGGAACAUUGGCCGGCUGCGAACAAUCCUGGACCUGGUGGAGAAGGAGAGUGGGAUCACCAUCGAGGGCGUGAACACCCCGUACCUGUACUUCGGCAUGUGGAAGACGUCCUUUGCCUGGCACACGGAAGACAUGGACCUGUACAGCAUCAACUACCUGCACUUCGGAGAGCCCAAGUCCUGGUACUCCGUGCCCCCUGAGCACGGGAAGCGGCUGGAGCGCCUCGCCAAAGGCUUCUUCCCAGGAAGCGCUCAGAGCUGUGAGGCUUUUCUCCGCCAUAAGAUGACCUUGAUUUCCCCUUUAAUGCUGAAGAAAUACGGAAUUCCCUUUGACAAGGUCACGCAGGAAGCUGGAGAGUUUAUGAUCACCUUUCCUUAUGGCUACCACGCCGGCUUUAACCACGGCUUCAACUGUGCGGAGUCUACCAAUUUUGCUACGCGGCGGUGGAUCGAGUAUGGCAAACAGGCCGUGCUGUGCUCCUGUAGGAAGGAUAUGGUGAAGAUCUCCAUGGAUGUGUUUGUGAGGAAGUUCCAGCCAGAAAGGUACAAACUUUGGAAAGCUGGGAAGGACAGCACGGUCAUCGACCAUACUCUGCCCACGCCAGAAGCUGCCGAGUUUCUUAAGGAGAGUGAACUGCCCCCAAGGGCCGUGAGUGAGGAGGAGUGCCCGGAGGAGGACAUGGAAGGAAUGGAGGAUGGCGAGGAGGAUCACCUGAAGAGAAGCCUCGCCAAGCACCGCAUAGGGACAAAGAGGCACCGAGUGUGUCUUGAAAUCCCGCAGGAGGUCAGUCAGAGCGAGCUCUUCCCCAAGGAGGAGCUGGGCUCCAGCCAGUACGACCUGACGGCGUGCCAGGCGGCGCUGGCCCCCGUGAGGCCCACCCACAGCUCCGUGCGGCCGGUGGAGGACGGCCUCCCCCUCCCAGAUUAUUCUGACUCGACUGAAGUCAAAUUUGAAGAGCUUAAAAACGUCAAACUAGAAGAGGAGGAGGACGAGGAGGAGGAGGAGGAAGCAGCGGCUGCCUUGGAUCUUUCUAUGGCUCCUGCCUCUAUAGGGGGACACCUUGUCUUCUCAGGUCCCAAAAAGAAAUCCUCUUCCAGCCUGGGCUCCAGUUCAUCCCAGGAUUCUAUUUCUUCCGAUUCAGAGACCAGUGAGCCCCUGUCCUGCCAAGGCAAAGGGCAGACGGGAGCUCUCCCUGCGCACGGCUAUGGCCGAGGGGACGGCAGGGUCGCUGCAGGAGAGCCGUGCAAGAGGAAGAAAAGGAGCGCCACCAGAAGUAUCAGCGAGCGGGAGCUGGCGGAGGUGGCGAGUGAAUACAUGUUUUCCCUGGAGGCGAAGAAGAAGUCCAAGGGCCGGCGCCAGCCCCUGAGCAAGCUGCCCCGCCACCACCCGCUUGUGUUGCAGGAUGGCGGCAGUGAGGAUGAGGCGUCUGAGCAGCUGACCACCGAGGAGGAGGCGGAGGAGACAGAGGCCUGGGCCAAGCCGCUGAGCCAGCUCUGGCAGAACCGACCCCCGAACUUUGAGGCCGAAAAGGAAUUCAAUGAGACCAUGGCCCGGCAGGCCCCUCACUGCUCUGUCUGUAUGAUCUUCCAGAUUUACCAUCAGGUCGAGUUCGGAGGCCUCGGGCAGAACUGUGCGGAUGCUCCAGGUCUAGCCCCCCAGAAGCAGAGGACCAAGCCAUUGAUUCCAGAAAUGUGCUUCACCACGACUGGCUGUAGCACGGACAUCAACCUUUCCACCCCUUACCUCGAGGAAGACGGCACCAGCAUCCUGGUUUCCUGCAAGAAGUGCAGCGUCCGGGUCCACGCCAGUUGCUAUGGCGUGCCCCCCGCCACGGCUUCUGAAGACUGGAUGUGUUCGCGAUGUUCAGCCAACGCCCUGGAGGAGGACUGCUGUUUAUGCUCAUUACGAGGAGGAGCCCUGCAGAGAGCAAAUGACGACAGGUGGGUCCAUGUCUCCUGUGCUGUGGCGAUUCUGGAAGCGAGGUUUGUCAACAUUGCAGCCAGAAGUCCAGUGGACGUGAGCAAAAUCCCCCUGCCGCGCUUCAAGCUGAAAUGUGUCUUUUGUAAGAAGCGGAGGAAAAGAACCGCCGGCUGCUGCGUGCAGUGUUCUCACGGCCGCUGCCCAACCGCCUUCCACGUGAGCUGUGCCCAGGCUGCGGGAGUGAUGAUGCAGCCGGAUGACUGGCCUUUUGUCGUCUUCAUUACCUGCUUUCGGCACCGGAUUCCUAAUUUGGAGCGUGCCAAGGGCGCCUUGCAGAGCAUCACCGCAGGCCAAAAGGUCAUCAGCAAGCACAAGAACGGCCGCUUCUACCAGUGUGAGGUGGUCAGGCUCACCACCGAGACCUUCUACGAAGUCAACUUUGAUGACGGCUCCUUCAGCGACAAUCUCUAUCCUGAGGACAUAGUGAGUCAGGAUUGUCUCCAGUUGGGUCCUCCUGCUGCAGGGGAAGUGGUUCAAGUGCGGUGGACAGACGGCCAAGUCUAUGGAGCCAAGUUCGUGGCCUCCCACCCCAUCCAGAUGUACCAGGUGGAGUUUGAGGACGGCUCCCAGCUUGUGGUGAAGAGAGACGAUGUCUACACGCUGGAUGAAGAGCUUCCCAAGAGAGUCAAGUCUAGACUGUCAGUAGCCUCAGACAUGCGCUUCAACGAGAUUUUCACGGAGAAGGAGGUUAAACAGGAAAAGAAACGGCAGCGCGUUAUCAACUCGAGAUACCGGGAAGAUUACAUUGAGCCGGCGCUGUACCGGGCCAUCAUGGAGUAG